CCCCCUACCCGCAAAACCUGAAACGUGACAGGGUUACCGGAACAUUGUUUCCCCCAACUAGCUACAGUCCGUGCACAUUCACCGCCUGGACUGCGCAAAUCUGCACGCACAGCCCCAGAAAACCUCGUGUCAUGGCAUCUCCACUGAGGAGUCUCGUUUAUGAUGAUAAUCGGUACAACAAGGCCUUCCAUCUUUUUCUGGAGCGCUCCUCUGAACAUCAGUGUAUGAAGGACUUUAUACACAAUGUCCUACCGGACGUUUUGGCCAGCAUUGGAAACGGCAAGCCCCAUCUGAAUGUUAUUGGAGUUGGAAGUGGUGAUGGUCGCAUUGAUCUCGAGAUGUUCUCCGAGCUCCAUCAGAAGCACCCUGAGGCGAUGGUGGAUUACGAGGUUGUAGAACCAAGCAGUCAGCAGCUUCAUUGCUACAAAGUGUUGCUGUCGCAGAAGUCUGAUUUGGAUUACAUCAUAUUUAAGUGGAACAAGAUGACUGCCAUCGAGUUUGAGGAGCAAUGGAAGUUGAAGGAAAUAACAAAGAAGAUUGACUUCAUUCACAUGAUUCAGAUGCUCUACUAUGUCAACAAUGUCGAAGCCACCAUCACAUUCUUCCGGAGUCUCCUUGCCCCGAAUGGGAAGCUUCUCAUUAUUCUUGUGUCUGGCGAGAGUGGUUGGGGAAAGUUGUGGCAGACCUUCAGGGGUCAGAUCUGUGCCUGCGAAAUAGCUCAAUGUACGACCACAACAGACGUCAAAAGCAUCCUGGACGCGGGGGGGGUGCAAUACAAGAGCUACAUGCUGCCUUCUCAAAUGGAUAUCACCGAGUGUUUCACAGAGGGUGACGAGAGCGGAGAUCUGCUGCUUGACUUCCUCACCGAGGUGGAUCACUUCAGCCAAACGGCCUCGCCGCAACUCAAAGCGGAUGUCCUGAAGUUACUGCGAGACCCAGCUUGUUCUCGGGAGGCAGACGGAAAAGUUGUCUUCAAUAACAAUCUGGAGGUUGUUGUUGUUGAUUCACCCAGAUAAAAGUGAAUUGGAACUCAAUACACACGUGUAAAGCAAGCAAAAAUAAUUUUUUUAUUCCAGGUAGGUGAAGUGAUUUGAGCUCUGAGCCACUUAAGUUCCUUUUCAUCAUGUUUAAUAUUAAUUGUGCAUAAUUUUGUGCAAAAGAUAUAGAAAUUGUAAUCCUCUCUAAACUGUUUAUUAGGUCAUUUAGAGUGGAGCACAAUCCAUUCUGUCAAUCUGUGAUUUGUUCCACCUGUAAUGAAACGUUCUCUUUAGGAAAUGAUGCAAAUGGAACGUAUUUCUGAAACAUUUAUUUUGUGCAUGCAAUACUUUCUUUGGUCCCCCCCCCGCCUCAAUUGUUGCUGCUGUAGAUUGCAAAUUUCUCCGUUGUGGGACAAAAAAAAGUUGUCUUAUAUUAUCCAAUCCAGGGUCAAAGUGCUAUCAUAUAACAUUUGUCGACAACAUUUUAAAUAAUUAAUUUGAAUCGCAUUUACAUAUUCUUAUCUGUCAUACACAUACAAAAAUAGUAUAAAAAAUAAAUCACAAUAAGUCAUAACUUUUGAGUGAUGCAGUGUUCCAGUAUUAUCAACACAUUUACCCACCCCGCCCACUUUUUUUUGGUUGCCAUUGCUAGUAUGGCUCCCUCUUGUGCUGCAUGCAUGAAAGCCUUGGGUGAUAUGCAGAUGCCUCAAAAAUGUUGAUCAAAUUGCAAGUUGUAUGACAACUGUCGCAUUCAUUGUGUUAAGCACGCCUGCCUUACAGUGCUGUGUUUCAGGAUUUGAAUCGGCCUGUUCUCGUCAUGUUGUGUCACUUGAUAAAAUGUCGACUCUGACUUUGAUUAGUUGCACUGUUAAAACUUGUCAUUCAUUCAUUCAUUCGUCUUCCGAACCGCUCUAUCCUCGCUAGGGUAGCGGGGGGUGCUGGAGCCUAUCCCAGCUGUCCUCGGGCAGUAGGCGGGGGACACCCUGAACCGGUUGUCAAUGUUGAUUAAUUGUAUUUCAAUCUAGGCAAAUAAAUGCGAUGACGACCUAGAUUAACAGCAACCAUUUUUACAAAGUGUUGCAAAAUGUUUAUUUAAUUAAAGGUAUUGAAUAACGAA